ACAAACUUCGCGCUUUGAGUUUGAGUUCAAGGGGGGAUUUGAAGAUGGAAAACUUCAUCCUGUAUGAGGAAAUUGGAACAGGACGCAAGUCAGUGGUUUAUAAGGGGAGGAGGAAAGGGAGCAUCAAUUUUGUUGCAAUUAUUUGCAGUGACAAGUCAAAAAGACAUGAAAUUACUAACCACGUACGGCUAACUCAUGACAUUAAACAUGAGAAUGUGGUAACCUUCUAUGAGUGGUAUGAAACCAGCAACCAUCUUUGGCUUGUAGUGGAACUGUGCACAGGGGGUUCACUGGAGUCAGUCAUCACCCAGGAUGAGUGCCUGUCAGAAGAUGUAGUGAGGGAAUUUGCCAUCGAUCUGGUCAAAGGCUUGAGAUACAUCCAUGAUGCCGGUAUCGUGUUCUCUGACCUCACUCCCUCCAAGAUCUUGUUGGAUGGCCCUGGCACUUUGAAGUACUCUAACUUCUGCCUGUCUAAAGCUGAGGGGGAGAAUCUGGAGGAGUUUUUUGCUUUAGUCACAGCAGAGGAAACCGGUGGAGGGGAUGGCAAAGAAAACACAUCAAGAAGAAAUAUCAAGAGCAGAAUCCAAGGGUCUCCAAUAUACUGUGCACCAGAGGUGGUCAAAGGGGGGGACCACAGUAUCAGUAGUGAUCUGUGGGCCCUGGGCUGUAUAUUCUAUGAGAUGUUUUCAGGAAAACCACCAUUCUUCUCCGAGACGUUUUCUGAGUUGAUUGAGCUGAUAUUACUUCAGGAUCCUCAAUCUCCAAGGCAAACGGGGGCUUCUUCCUGCAAGCCUACUCAAGACUUCCAAAGCCUGCUUAAAGGUUUGCUUCAGAAAGACCCUCAGAAGAGGAUAAACUGGACUCAGUUACUGGUCCACCCAUUCUGGAGAGGAGUGUUCUCUGAGGUCCACACCAGCGAGGAGGAGGAAGAAAAAGAAGAUGUCUCAUUCAGCUCCAGUGUGGGGAGGAGUGGUGUCUGUGCCUCUAGCCAGUCAUCAGCAGUGACACCUGUCUCAGUGACCUCCCAGGGACCAGGAGGGGGAUACAGAGGGGUACAGGGAGGGGCCGCAGGGGCAGAGGAGCCCGUCCGCAUGCACCCCAACAAAUCAUUCCGAUUAGACAACAUGACAGAGUUUAGACCAAAGAGUGCACUGGACAAAGAUACCAGGGAGUCCAUAUUCCUCCUCAGCUCUCGUCCAACUCCAAGAAUGAGUUGCACUGCAAGAGAUCCACCCAACAGGACACCAUUACCUCAAGACAGUGUGGUGGCCAGUGGUCUGAAUGACAUCAGUUACUGUAUAAAGGACCUGGUGUACACUGACUCUGACCUGGCAGUCACACCUAUUAUGGACAACCCAAAGAUUCUGAAGACCGCUCCAGUGCGAUAUGACCUGAAGACUUUGUGUGUCCGAGCAUACUCAGUGGAGAAGCUGUCCUGUCUGAGCUCUGAGGACUGGGGGGUGUUUCUGCAGCAGCUGUGCUCUUCUCUGGAGUCCCAGGCUGAUAAGACCACGGCGGCGGUCCGCUCCAAACUCAACCUCCUCUGCUAUCUGUGUACCAUAGCUGCCCACAAGGACACAGCUACCAGGCUCAUCAACUCCGAGCUGUUCCCUGUGUUGACCCAGCAGCUGCGUCUAGCACCUAACUGGGAUGUGAAGUUUAAGGUGAUGCGGGUGCUGGGGCUGCUGGCAUCCCACUGCACUGAGCUCAGAGAGGAGACCCCCGUCACUGAG